AUUUGCACUCUUCCCUUGAGGCUUCCAGAAAUUCUUGUGGCCUUAUGAGAAUGCAAGUUCAUGGUGUAGUGCAACAUAUGAAAACUCUGGGUCUGAAUUAUAGCUCUGUGUGCUGAAUACAGGAGAGCCAGGCUUUGGUUCUGUUACUGACUGGAUGUGAUGCUGUUUGACAGCCAACCAACUCCCUUUUCCAAUGUGGAAAAUGGGGGCACCUUUCCCUGCCUCUCUGAUGGGGAUCAGUGAGCUCACAUGAACCAUUUGGUAUAAGAUCCAGUUCUGCUGAAAUAGUCUUGUUGAUAGUCAGGAUUGCCUCAUGAAAGUCUCCAAGAAAUCCUAUGUAUGGGAUGAAGACUUAUGGACACAGACAUGAGUCUUUUACUCUUUCCUAUGUUGUUUUUGGUUUUGUUCUGUUUUGUUUUUUUCUGUUUUUGUUCGCUUGUUUUUGGUUUUUUUUUUUUGAUCAGCAAGGAUGCUGCUCGUCUCUGCCAUGUUUCUUCUGGUUCCCAUGGUGACUACAGCUCAUAGAUAGAAAGUUGUUCCCUAGCAACUGUUCCUGCCUUUCAACAUUCAGACCACCUCCAUACCCAUCAGGACCUGCCUGCUUGUAAGAAUCACUGUGGCACUACAUCAGGGACCAUGGAUCAGAUGGGAGAGGCAAUGACAAAGGUCCCAACAUCCCCCAGACUUGAUGUGGCCCAAAGUGACUCUGUGCCUACCAACAGUGCAUCAGUGGAACCUGAGGAAGGGAAAAAGGAGCAUCUUCCAGCAGGCUUAAGUCCCAGCAGAGAGAGAACAUCCCAAAAGACUUCCAGCACAGUCUCCUGCAAGAUCUCGAAGAACCAAGCAGCUCGGGGAACAACGAAGAACUCCACAUAUAUCAAAUCCAAAGCAUCUCCUUCGGUAAAGGGUACUCAGAAUAAAAAUAUUCAGAGAAAACAGAAUCUCCAAGCCAAAACUCCCCACAUGCAGAAUCAUCAUUCAAGAAGACUUGAAGAGGAAGGAGAAGGUACUUCUGCCACCAAAGACCCAAGGGCAAGGCUUGAGCCAAGAAGCAGGAACAGCAUUUCCCAUGCAUCUGCAGCAUCCAGGCAGAUGGAGGCAGAGAACACCAAAUCCAUGCACAAUGGCAAAGAGUUAGUAGCAGGCCAGCAGCAAACCCCAGGUUCUAAAAUGCCUGGAUCUCCAUGGAAAACCAGCUGUGAAAAAGCCAAGGAGACCAAUGAGUCCCUGUCAUCAAUAGCGCCAGAUAUGAAAGCAGAAUGGAAGAUGCCUCUGGAGAAGAAAAACAGUUUGACCUGUGACAACAGCAAAAAUAAAUUUGCCUGUGCUGAUGAACUUAACAGCAAUGAAGAGGAGCGGCGGUCUCUGUGCAUGACAGCACUUGUCAUAGGACAGAAAAGACUCAGUGACCGCUCUGAGGUGCUAAAAAAAAAGCUGGAGUCAUUUGAUGAUUUCAAUGAGCUGGGUUUCAACCUGAGGUCAAACAUCUUCCAAGGCGGCCCACUGGAAAGCAGAAGCUUAAUGAAGGAUUCCUACACCCCUGAUGUACUUCAGAAGGCAACCAGGGAUCCCAGGAACUGGCAUGGAAGGAGGAUUGAUGAGCUAGGGAGGUGGCAUCAGAAAAAUGCCUUAAAUCUUAACCUGCAGAAGGCAUUGGAGGAUAAAUAUGGGAAGAAAAAAGUCAAGCCCUAGAAGAUGAAGUACUGAACUGCAUUCACUACAUGAUCUUCUUCCUCAACCAUCUAAUAAACCUCCAUGUAGAGCACCAA